AUGGUAUAAGAAGAAAAAAUAAACUUUAAGUUAGUUGAUUAAUCUGUAAAGUCAAAUGCUGAAAUUAAUACAAUUGCUUUUAAUUCUUCUGGGUCAAUUAUGAUAUAAAAUGAAGAGAAAUAUAUUAAAGUUCAGAGAUUCAAUGAUGGAAUAAUAAACCUAAUAACAACUUUAACAGAACAUAGUGAUUGGAUUUAUUGUUUAAUUUAUAGUAAGAAGCUUAAUUCUUUUAUUUCAAGUUCAGGUGAUAAUACUAUUAGAUGCUGGAAAUAAAUAAAUUUAAAUGAUUCAAUUAUUUUAAAACGUCAUUAACGCUAAACACAUUGGGUGAUGUGUUUAAUCAUAAGUUCAAAUAAGGAUUUGCCUUUUUCUGGAAGUAGUGAUAAGUUAAUUAUUGUAUGGAAGGUAGAUUUUAACAAAAAAUGAAUUGUUUCAUAUGUAUUCAUAAAAUAAACAUAAUACCACAGUUGUUUGAAUUAAUCAGAAACUUACUGGAAAUUAAUUAAAAUGAUUAGUUUGAAUUUUAAUAUUUUGUUAUAAAUGAUGAAAUUUAUAGAAAGUAAUGAUAAUUUAGAAUAAAUGUUUAUUAAAACAAAUAAUUGAAUUAAAUUUGUUUAUCAAUUCAUCUAUAAUAGUCGAUCUAAGCAGAAGGACUAAAACUUAAGUUCUUAAAGAGGAUUAGUUUAUAUGAAUAUCUGGGGGUCAAGAAUUAGAUUAAAUCAUUUGUUUUUGAAUUAAAGGAAGGAAUUUUUUCACAAAAAUAGUAGAAGACUAUUUAUUUAGGGAGAAAUAAUAAAGUUAAUGAUGAAUAUCAAUUUCCAAUAAUCUAAAAUCAAUCGAGUAAGUUUAUAUUAAUAAGGCAUAAUACAUUCAUUUAUAUUAUCAUAGAAAAUAAAAAUUAAAUGCAUUAAAUAGUUAAUCAAUAAAACUGUGAUUCUUAUGAAAUUAAUGGAAUGGUUACAGAUGAUCGAAAAUAUUUAGUCUAUUGA